AUGAAGGUCCAUUAUAUUAGUAUAUUAUUGUUUUCCCAUCCAUUAAAUAUAUUGUUAACUUCUUCACAGGUAUAUAAUCAAAAAAAUCCAUACCUCACACCACAUAAAACUAACCCCAAAUCUGUAAAAACAUGUAGAUCAUUAUGCGAAUGUGAAUUGUAUGCACCAUCUAAUUAUGAUAAUGACCCAGAAAUGAAAAAAGUCAAACAACAAUUUGAUGAUCGUACAUCACAACGAUCUCAUGAAUAUCACAAAAGGAUUCAAGAAAACCGCCAAAAAUGUAAAGAACAAUGCGAGAAAGAUAUACAAAAAAUUAUAUUAAAAGACAAAAUCGAAAAAGAAUUAACAGAAAAGUUGGGAGCAUUACAAACAGAAAUACGAAGUGACGCCAUUCCUACGUGUACAUGUCAAAAAUCCGUAGGAUAUAAAGUCGAAAAAACUUGUUUGAAAUGUGGUGGUAUAUUAGGUGUUGGUGUGGCUCCAUCUUUAGGUUUAUUAGGAGAAAUCGGUGGACUUGUUAUAAAUAAUUGGAAAAAUACUCCUUUUUAUGAAGCUUUUGUUGCUUUUGCUCAAAAGGAAGGUAUAGCUGCCGGUAAAAUUGCUAGUGAUGCUGCUCGUAUUGAUACAGUUAUUUCAGGAAUAAUAUCAAAUUUUGAAGUGCACACUAUAAAUGGUUCUACGCUAGCGAAUGCUAUUACCUUAGAAACUCUUAAGGAUGACACUAUUCUUACUAAAGCACUACAUUUUGAAUAUGGAAGUAUGUGUGUAAAUACGCCUACGGAUGACAAAUUAAUUUGCGCUUAUGGGAUGAGAGCUGGCCUAGUUCAAGGGAAAUCUGCUUCACCUGAAGCUGUUAUAAGAUCAAGCGUAAAAACUCUUCUCAAAAAUGCUGACAACGUUGCUUCACAAGCUGCUCAGACAACUGCUAACGAAACUACUUCCGGAAUGAUCAAAGCAGAGUUAAGUAAAAUAGCAUCUGCAGGUGCUAAUACGUACAGUGCAAUUACUUACUCAGUAACUGCGAUAUUGGUUAUAGUUUUAGUUAUGGUAAUUAUUUAUUUAAUAUUACGUUAUCGUAGAAAAAAAAAAAUGAAGAAAAAAUUGCAAUAUAUAAAAUUAUUAAAGGAAUAG